GAGAUUCGGGUAUUAGUACUGCAUCCUGGUGAGAAAGGUUCUCCGAUCAAAUGCAGCCUACAGCACGGUGGCCUCAGAAGCAAGAGGCCCGGUUUCGAGGCCCUUUCCUACGUGUGGGGAAACCCAGCUGUCACAAAUGACAUUACCUGCGACAACAGAAAAAGGGCUGUGGGCAAAAAUCUUUACGAUGCACUUGAGCGGCUCCGACUUCCCGACAAAGAUAGGGUGCUAUGGGUUGAUGCACUUUGUAUCAACCAGAGCGACAACAAAGAGAAGACGCAGCAAGUUCGUAUCAUGGGCGAGAUCUAUACAAGAGCACAAAGGGUACUCAUUUGGCUGGGAAAUGGUGACGAU